UUUUUUUCCUUUUUGUAGAUCAUUCAUCAAAAGUUACCAAGCAUCAACAUCAUUGUUUAUCAUACUCAUCCUCCUUGCUUUUCCAUUAAGUGAAAUAUAAUUUCCACAAAGCUUUCAAGCUAAAUAUUUAUUAUCUAAUUGUGAAUUUGUGAUUCGCUUUUGUAAGAUGUCAGAAUCAAAAGAAAAUAUUUGUGAUGAUUGUUCAAAACCUAAAAAAAUGUUCGGUACACGACAUUAUAUGACGUUUAUGCUCUUUUUGGGAAUGGCCAAUGCAUACAUUAUGAGAACAAACAUGUCCAUCGGAAUUGUUAGCAUGGUCAAUCACACAGCAAUCGAAACUGAAAACGAGUCGUUUGAUGAUGAAUGUCCCGAAACUGAUUAUGGCGAUGUUACUGAUAAACAUUCCAAUGGCGAAUAUCAAUGGAGUACAAGUCUUCAAGGUUAUAUUCUCGCUUCGUUCUUCUACGGCUAUGUAGCAACUCAGAUUCCUUUUGGCAUUCUCGCAAAACGAUUUGGGUCUUUGAAAUUCCUUGGAUGGGGCAUGAUGAUAAAUUCUGUUUUCGCAUUCCUCGUGCCGUUUGCUGCUAACCGUUGGGGAUGGGUUGGACUUUGUGUAAUACGUUUUAUUCAAGGACUUGGCGAAGGGCCAAUAGUUCCGUGUACUCAUGCAUUGCUUGCUAAAUGGAUUCCACCCAAAGAACGAUCAAGAAUGGGAGCUUUUGUUUAUGCAGGAGCACAGUUUGGAACAGUAAUUUCCAUGCCGUUGUCAGGAUUGCUUGCCGAACAUGGUUUUGCUGGCGGUUGGCCAUCAAUCUUCUAUGUUUUUGGCACUGUUGGAACUGUUUGGUGUAUCGUAUUUUUAUUGACAUGUAAAGAAGAUCCACAAUCACAUAAAACGAUAGAUGAAGACGAAAGAAAAUAUAUUGUUAAUCAAUUAUGGGGCUCAGCUAGAAUGACAUCGCCUCCGAUUCCAUGGAAAAGUAUUGUUACGUCAAUGCCUUUCUUUGCUAUUCUCUUAGCACAUAUGGGACAUAAUUAUGGUUACGAAACUUUGAUGACAGAACUUCCCACGUAUAUGAAGCAAGUGCUGAGGUUUUCAAUCAAAGAAAAUGGCUUCCUGUCAGCUUUACCAUAUUUAUCAAUGUGGAUUUGUUCAAACAUUAUUUCGUUCAUUGCUGACUGGAUGUUGGAGUCGGAGAGAUUUACGCACACGGUCACGAGAAAGGUCAUUAACAGUGUUGGACAAUAUGGACCAGCGAUAUGUCUGUUUAUAGCUUCGUUCACGGGUUGUAAUCGCUAUUUAACCGUAGCAGUGCUUACGAUUGGCUUGGGACUUAACGGUGGCAUUUAUUCAGGCUUUAAGAUAAAUCAUCUCGACCUCACACCACGCUUUGCUGGGAUUUUGAUGUCAUUCACGAACUGUGCUGCUAAUAUUUUCGGUCUUCUGGCGCCAAUUGUUGCUGGAAACAUUAUUGAAGGAAAGCCUACUAUUGGACAAUGGCGCAUUGUUUUUGUAAUCGCAGCUGCGAUAUAUUUUCUUUGUGCGACUUUCUACAACGUUUUUGGGUCUGGUGAAAGACAAAAAUGGGACAAUCCUGAGUUAGAUGAUGUUAAUUCCCACACACCGAAGGCUGUUGAUAAUGAAAAUGGAGUAAGGCAAAGAAACAUUGAAAUGCAAUAAACUUCAGCUUAGAUUCAUGUUGAGAAUGUUAGCUAAGUUCCUGUGCCAUUUUUUGAAAACAUUUUUGAGAAUCAGGGAAUUUUUAAUUGUUUUAAAUGAGAUUAUAAUUCCAAGUUUAUUUAAUAAAAUCAAAACAUUUUUAUCUGACUUCAUCAGAGAUUAAAUGAAAUUUAUAUUACAAUUAAAAACCGCUUAAACUAUGCAUAACUUUAUAUUAUGUUUAGCUAAAGAUGUAAGAUAAUUAAGUGGAAAGACUGUUAUUAUCUCUCAAUAUCAACAACAGGGAACUAUUAAAAGAUGUGAAUGAAAAUUUAAUUAAAUUUAAUCCUAGCAGAUUAGAUAACGAAUUUAAAUUGUUUAAGUAAUUUUAACCAAUAAACAAUGAAAGCUAAAAACUUUUUUCUCAUUAACUGUAAAGA